AUGGCACCGGCUCUGGGCAUUGCCCUCCUGUAUGCGCUGCUGACCCCAGCCCUAAGCCAGCCAAAAGAUGCCAUCCUCAGGCUCAGUAAACGAGUUCUAAGUGAUGCUCUUACAGGCUCCCUGCAGCAGAGCAAUGUCCUCAAAGCUGCCAUCAGAGAGGUGCCGCUCGGGCGCAGAAGUUCUGGCACAGAUGGAAGUGGAGAGCUGUUGGGUGGCCUUGGAGGAGAUCUUGGUGGUGGUGCUGGUGGUGGUCUGCUUGGUGGUGUCACUGGUGGCUUGCGGGGUGGCAGUGGCAGGGGGCUGCUGGGGGGGCUGCUUUUUGGAGGGGGUGAUGCUGGCAGUGGCUUGCUGGGUGGACGAGGUGCUGGAGGCACCUAUGGGGGAGAGCCCAGAAGCCCCCCCAGAGACUGGCCGGCAGCCAGUGGCGAUGUCCCCAGGGAUGCCAUCCCCGUGGGGGGUGCUGGAGGAGCAAUGGGACAAGGACGUGUGCUUGGCGAUGGAGAUGUCCUCAGCACAGCCGGGAUCCUCGGUGGCCCCGGUGGCCUUCUUGGCAGCGGAGGGCUGCUCAGCAUCCUCGGGGAAGGCGGCUUGCUCAGCACCGUGCAGGGGCUCACAGGGCUGAGGAUUGUGGAGCUGACGGUCCCCAGGGUGUCCCUGCGGCUCCUGCCUGGCAUCGGCGUCCACCUCAACCUCUACACACGGGUGGCCCUCAAUGGCAAGUGCCUCUUGGGCUUGCUCGAUGUCGUGGUGGAAGUGAACAUCACGUCCAGGGUCAGGCUCACCAUGGACGGCACUGGCUACCCCAGGCUGGUGACAGAGAGAUGUGAUACCCUCCUCGGUGGCAUCAAAGUCAGACUCCUGCGAGGCCUGCUCCCAAUUGUGGAUAAUUUAUUGGCAAGUCUCCUGAACGGAGUUCUUCCUGAUCUGCUCUGCCCGGUGGUUGACAUCGCCCUGGGACUUGUCAAUGACCAGCUGGGUCUUGUGAACUCACUGGUGCCCCUGGGCGUGCUGGGCAGCAUCCAGUACACCGUGUCCAGCCUUCCCCUGGUAACCGACCAGUUCCUUGAGGUAGACUUGAACACUGUCGUCGGGCUGGUGGCUGGGGGUCUGGUGGACCAUCUGCUGGGAAAGCCAGGAACUGUCCCCACGGCCCCGCGGGUGCCCAUGCCACCCCUGCCACCCAUGGCAGCCACCGGCUCCUCCCAGCUGGGCAUCUCCGUGAACCUCCUGAGCGCGGUGCUGUGUGUCCUGCAGAAGGAGGGUGCCCUGGACCUGGAGGUCUCCACUGGCAAGUUCCCUGAGCUCCCUCCAUUGACAACAUGGACCCUUGGAGCCCUGGUUCCCGCGGUUUUCAAGGCAUACCCCACGUCAUGCCAACUGCUGCUGAAAAUCACGGUCCCUGAAGCACCGGUGGUGGCCUUAAAGGAAAAUCAAGGUGUGAUCCAGCUCAUGGCUACAGCAGAGGUGAUGGCGACUCCCCCAGGGGGUGUCCAGGAGCCCCUCUGCCUUCUCAAUAUUGACACCUCUUUGCUGGCCCGGUUUUCAGUCAAGGACAACAAACUGAAGAUCAGUGUCAGCCUGAAGAAGGCCGAUCUCUCCUUGGUGUCCUCGUCCAUUGGUGGUUUUGAUGUAAGCUCCCUGGACACACUCACUGGCCAGAUUCUCGAUGGUGCCUUCCUGCCUGCAAUGAACAAGGUGCUGGGAGUGGGGGUUCCCCUCCCCAGGCUGCUGAACAUCGACUUCUCCAAGGCUGACAUGGAUGUCAUUGAAGAUCUCAUCUUGCUGUCAGUGUGA